AGUGUUUGACCGGUUCCAGACUUCGCACACGUUUCAACUGGAACUCCGGCACUCGCUCAAUAUGGUUUGGUGGUGGCGGCUUGUGCUGUCACUGCCGCUCUUGAGACAUGCGGAAGCCCAAAAUUGGGGAAAGACCAUCGACGUGGCGGGGCGACAGCGAAUGUUGACGCAACGCAUGUCAAAGGAAUUUCUUCAAGUUUCACUUGACAUCGAUCCAGAGGCCAACGCCAACCGGAUGAGAGGUAGCAUAAAUUUGUUCAACGUAACUUUGCUUGCACUGAUCAAUGGAGAUGAUGAGCAAGGUAUCAUCGGCUCGCCGAAUCAGCUAGUGGCUGACGGCCUACAAGUUGUCUUGGGAUUGUGGAUCCCCUUUGCGCAGCUGUUGCUCAACCACGUGGCAACAGUUCGAGACAGCUCAGGGUUCGUGGAUAUGGCCGUCUUGACACAAGUGGCCAACGAAAACGUUCCGCUCCUCGUGACCUCCAACAUCGUGGUCGGGAGGCUGGUAGAUGCAGCCAAGAGCGCUGGCGCCCCCACCAACGGCCUGGUGGUGGAUACCGCUGGGCGUCAGCGCAUGCUCAUUCAGAGGAUGUGCAAGGAAUCUAUGUUGAUCAGUCAGGGUGUCAACGUGGGCACCAAUCUGCGGCUUCUGAAGAACAACCGCCUCCUUUUCGCCAACAGCCAUGUCGGCAUUGUCGAGGGCGCGACUUGGGCGGGUGUGCCAGUGCUUUCGAAGCUUUGCACGAUGCACCAGAUGAGGGAGGUGACAUACAACUUCCAGCAGUUCUCACCCGACAUUAACCGGAUCCUCAAUGCAGAGACGCCCAGCGACUCACAGCAAAUCGCCAUCGCUUUGUCCGUGAACAUCUCUGACAAGAGUGUCCCUCUUUUUGCCUCCAUGGUGGCAGCAGUACAGCUCUACGUGAACGACCAGGGCAGCUGCGACCCUGCGGCCGACAUGACCCAAGCAGGCUGGCAGGAUUUGUUGAUGAAGACCUUGGAAUUGCGGAAACUCUUGGAGCAGGCGCGCCAGUUCUACUUGCAGGUGGGCAAUGGCAUAGACGUGGCCAACAGUCAAGUGGGAUUGGUGGUGACGUUGAACUCGAUCUUGGAGCGUGUUGACAACUUGGUGCAGGGCAACAAGGCGCUGGAUAUCCCCGCGCCACCGACCCAAAGUGCGCUGACUAGCUUGUUGUCCGUGAAGUUGCAAUGGGAGGAGCUUCAGGGGAGCUUCUCACCAGCGAUGACGAACCGCGAUGGCGUCACCAAUGUGGAGGUGGCGAAUAUCAAUUCCGAUUCCGUCGGCUUCAAAAGUGCUGUCCAGCAGAUUGUGUGGCAGUAUGAGACCUCUGCGAUCGGGGAGCUGACUGCUGCCAGUGAUGCUACCACCGAAGCUGCCACUGGCGCGUCAAUUCACACGAUCAUUGUCGCUGAGGGCCAGAAAGCAAACGUGGUGGAAGUGGCCGUGCUGGCCAAUCUGGUGGCAUACGGGGAGCGGCCUGAUGAAAAUAGUAUCCUCAUGAACACCACCAGAGAUACCUUUGUGGAGAUCCAUUUCUCCUUACUUGAGGGCCAGGCGGCUACGGAUGUUUAUCCUGCAAUUGCGGCGGAGAACGAUGUUUGUUUCAUCCGGAAGAUGCGCACGAUCUACUCGAGCUUCGUGACGCUCGAGAACUUGGCGCAGGAGGUCCGCAGUGCAGGCACCUCCUCGCUUGCAGAGAUCCCCCAAUUUGUGGACCAGGUCAUCGCGGGCUAUGAGGAAGUGAAGGGCUACUAUAAUCAGGGUAGCAUCCCCUGCAGCAACCGCACCUACAACUUGCCGGAGUGGGAGGGCCUGGUCUUCGCCGUGGGCCGUUUGCGAGCACUCACGCAGGAGGCCUCAGCGGACUUCAUCUUGUCCACGCAGGGAGUCAACGUGGAGCGCUCCAUCGCCAGUAUGAUCCGCUUCACGGCCGCGUUCCGAAGUCUAGCUUAUGGUGACGACCAAUUGCCUUCGCCGCCGACGCAGCAAGCCGUGAACAAGAUUCUGAACACCGUGAAGCCCGCCUACGAUCACGUCUUCAACGCGGCGGCCGCGUCCAACGUUCAGAACUUCCUCAUCCAGGCAGAUGCCGUGGCGUCAAAGUGUGCCGAGAUCAAGUCGAUGUACUUCAAUGAGGCCCAGUCGAGCCUAUCCGAGUUCCCAGUGCAGCGUUUAGAGGCCGCCUUGGAUCAGAUGUAUCGCGUGAACCGCGUGGUGAAGCUCGCUUUGAUGAACAUUUACCAGUUAACGACGACCUCGAACACCUUGUCGCAAUCGAUCUCAGAGUUUGAACGGGUCCACAAGGACAUGAAGGAAGGAGGGGGUGGCCUCCCAGAAAUCGUCUCGCAGCGCGAAGAUCUCCUGGCCCAGUGGGAUGCCGUGGACAGUGCCUGGCAAAGACUCAGAUCGCUCCUCCUCACGCAAUCUGCUGGGGAUGUCCAAAACCUCUUAGAUGCCAAGAUGGCAACACUUCAGGAGAUCGACGUGCUGGCCGAGCUCUUUUCCGUGCCAGACCCCGGAGUGCUCGAGACCUUCCCAUGGAUGUUCGUGGCCUAUGGCCUGAUGGGUGCCUUCCUCCUUUUUUGCGCCUGCGGGGCGGCCUACAUCCACUGGGCUUCACGGCGCAAGAGGACCGACGCGCAGCAGCAGGGCGGUUGGAGCCAGGCCUAGGGGAUUGAGCAUUGCUGAAUCGGGCAAAGUUCCCGAGCCUUUGCACGGUUGGAAUGCGCCAAAGUCCAUCCAAACGUUGCAUAUCCGCAAUGCAUUGGAUGUAGAUGGGAGGGUGCCUCUUAGUCAAAUUGCGGCUGUCACAUGGUGAUUCUCGGAAGGCC